GAGAAGAGAGAUUUGUGAAACGAUAGGUGGUCGGGAUUUGUUUGUCUGGACUCUUGCGUGCAAUAAGACCCAGGGUUUUUUUGUGCUUCCUUCAUUGAGGAGGUCGAUGGCCACCCGGCGCGUCACACAGCGCCACUUAGCGCCGGUGUGACACCCAGUGGAGCCCUGGACACUCAGUCUCCAGUGGAUAACCAACUCCCCCCACUCUCCCUUCCUCUUCCUCUCUCUGUCAGCGCGUAGCCACCGUGCGUUCUGCAUGCGUCAAAGAAGCACUGUGCGUAACGGGAGAGUCGUGCGUAACUGGAGACAGAAUUCACUCCAUUUUGCGCUCAGAUUCUGGGGACCACUGGUGGUGCAGCGCCCACUGACCGCUGAAACUCUGCAUAUAUUUUGCUCCUGAGCCUUUUCUCCCUCCCUCUCUCUUUUAUCUACGCCAACUGUACGUCAGAGCUGACAUGACAACCGAGACCACUCAGCAGCAGCUGGACCCUCCGCCUCUUCUGAGAUCCAGCCCGACGUCCGGCGUCCUGCACCCCGCCAUGCUGAGCCCACAGGCCGCCACGGAAAGCGCUUCUGCGAGCGCCAAAGGAAAGAAGAGCAGUUCGGGUUUGAGGCGACCAGAAAAGCCGCCGUACUCCUACAUCGCUCUCAUCGUCAUGGCAAUACAAAGCUCACCCACCAAACGGCUGACCCUCAGUGAGAUCUACCAGUUCCUACAGGCUCGCUUCCCGUUCUUCAGGGGUUCGUAUCAGGGCUGGAAGAACUCAGUCCGACACAAUUUGUCACUGAACGAGUGCUUCAUCAAGCUACCCAAAGGACUAGGCCGGCCUGGAAAAGGCCACUACUGGACCAUCGAUCCGGGCAGCGAGUUCAUGUUCGAAGAGGGUUCGUUUCGACGUAGACCUAGAGGCUUCAGGAGGAAAUGCCAAGCAUUGAAGCCCAUGUACAGGAUGAUGAACGGCAUCGGCUUCGGCACCUCCAUUCUCCCGCAGAGCUUCGACUUCCAGGCUCCAUCCGCCACCCUCGCCUGUCACAGCAACAGCUACAACCUGGACAUGAUGAGCAAUUCGAUGACUGGAGGAUACGACGGCCUGAGCGGGGGCCACCACGUCCCCCACAUGUCCCCCAGCCCCGGAUCUACGUACAUGGCGAGCUGUCCCGUCCCUCCGAGUGGGGAGUACGGGCCGGACAGCAGCAGCAGCCCCGUCCCGUCUUCUCCUGCCAUGGCCAGCGCGCUGGACGGACACUCCCCGUACGCCUCCACGUCGGCGCACUGGGCUUCCUCCGCCGGGUCCCAUUACAUCAAACAGCAGCCCCUGGCCUCCAGCAGCCCGGCAUCCUCUGGUUUACACUCCGGCAUGUCGCCUUAUUCUUUGGAGCAGAGUUACCUCCACCAGAACGGCAGAGACAGCCACUCAGCUGACAUUUCAGUGGGCAUUCCGCGCUACCAGAGCCACUCCUCGGUGUGCGACAGGAAGGAUUUUGUGUUGAACUUUAACGGCAUCUCGUCCUUCCACCCCUCGGCCAGCGGAUCCUACUAUCACCACCACCACCACCACCACCCGCAGAGCGUGUGUCAGGACAUCAAACCGUGCGUGAUGUGAGCUCGGACUCCCCGCAGAGGGAGGGAGGGGCACCGACGGUCACAGUGAAACUGCAGCUCCGUCGCAUCUGAAGAAACAGAAGAAAAAAAAACAGCGGACGUGUCGGGUUUUGAAGGAUCCGUGGACGUUUCCGCGUCCACUUUCACGUUUGCCUCUUGAGUGCAACUUAAAUAUAUCUAUUUCUGUUUGACUUAAGGAGAAAAUGCAUUGAAGGAAACAAAUGAAGAAACCUCAGAGGCAUUUUUAGUAAAACCACUUCGCCUUUAUGAACUCUGACGACCUUUCUCCGUCCAAAGAAGCCUCAGAAACACGACUGUUAAUGCGUUUGCCCUUGUAACACGCGCAAACUACUUAUAUCCCAUGUAACGAUGUUUUUUUGUUUUGUUUUACAUUAUUUGUAUAAGUACACACACAACGCUUAAGACUUCCAUGAACUGCAACAAAUCUUGCACUUAUUGUAUAACCAUUGCCAACUUUUUUUUUUUUUUUUUGUCUUGUAAAAGGUAUCAAUAAAGCUGAAAUAUAUUUUA